AUGGCACCGCGCGCUGGUAAUGCUUGGGGCACCGGAGGCUGGCUCAAGCCGGUUGUGAGGCGUAAGCAGGGUGUUUGUUGCCUUACACUCUCCCCUCCUUGAAUCAAUCCCCCUCCCUGGAAAUGCUUGCAAUUGUUACCUCGGACACUAGCCCUCGAGAUCUGGGGCCUCAUUCGCGAGUACACGCAGCUAGUCUACGACAAUGAUUCGAAACCCGUUAGGGAUGCAUCCGAUGCGUACUUUGAGCUGCGCGAGCAGAUUAUCAGCAGCUUGGUGAUCGUCUUAUCAAAUGAGCGUAACAGUGAUUAUACAACUCCGCUCAAGCGAGGGGAAUUCAGCAACCCAUCGGUCAGUCGAUCAAUAUUCCUUUGCGUGCUAUAAAUCCGCAAUGGGCUGAUCGUUUUUGCCGUCCGCAGAGCUGGCUCGUGUUGCUUCACACCUUUACGCUCGACCACCCAUACCGCGGGAUCACUCGCCAACCUCAUCGGCCCGAGCUCAAAUCGAACGCUACUUUCAGCGAGCCGAAUAUUGCUCGGCUUGUCAAUGGGUGCAAACCGAGGUCUUGCCAAGACGACACUACGUCGUCUGGCCCGUACUACUAUCGAGUCUCAAUUUUAGCGAGCCAGAGACUCUGUCGGACGUAUUUGGCUCGGCCAGAGAGUCUGUCGAACGUAUUUGGCUCGCUUGUUGGGCAACCAGCAGGGGCGGACAUAGAGAAACAACAUACAGGGCGUGAUUUUCACAAGAGCGAUUGCAUCAGAGGCUCUUACACGCAGAUCGUUUCGAUCACCUCGCUUGUUCGUGUGCUUGUGUUCAACAUAACCAGUAUUCUCGCCACGAGCAACCCCUGCGUGAGCUUCGCUUGGCUGUCUCUGGUCAAAUGGAGAAGUUGGUCUGGUCUCUUCGUUCAGAGGUGCGCCACAUUCUCGGCGGUGACCAUUUCGCAACGGAUGCAAUCGUCGGUUACAAGGAAGAGGCGCCUCGCCACCCCUUCGACGCAAUGCGCGGUCAUCUCGCCUAUCCAGCCGGCAACAGGACCACCAACGGAUUAGUGACUACGUUGUUCUACGAGCUAGAACCCAACUCGUAUGACCUGCUACCUUCGUUCAAUGCGCUGCUGGACCAACAAUGGCACGAGGUGUGGCCUAUUCUACGACUCCGAGGCUCUCACCGGCCUUCCCUCUAAAGUUUCGACAAUGCCUCUGGACGCGUCUUUUGAUGAGGGAAAAGGAGUCUGGAAGAUGCAACUUGACCGCUUUCGUCUUGUUCCAGGGGCUUCAAAUCGGUGA